AUGACCAACUGCUGCUCCCCUUGCUGCCAGCCCACCUGCUGCAGGACCACCUGCUGCAGAACCACCUGCUGGAGACCCACCUGCGUGACCAGCUGCUGCCAGCCCUGCUGCCAGCCCAGCUGCUGUGAGUCUAGCUGCUGCCAGCCUUGCUGCCAGCCCAGCUGCUGCCAGCUCUGCUGCCAGCCUCGCUGCUGUGAGUCUAGCUGCUGCCAGCCCUGCUGCCAGCCCAGCUGCGGCAGCUCCAGCUGCUGCCAGCCCUGCUGCCAGCCCAGCUGCUGUGAGUCUAGCUGCUGCCAGCCUUGCGGUCAGUCCAGUUGCUGCCAGCCAGUUUGCUCGGGACCUGUGUACUGCACAAGAACCUGCUACUACCCCACAUGUGUCCGUGUGCCUGGUUGUCUGUCCCAGGGCUGUGGAUCCAGCUGCUGCCAGCCCUGUAGCUGUUGA